AUGGACUCUAGCAGUGGCACUCUAGAGCUGCUGGGGGUUGUGUCCUUAGUGAUGGCCUUAUUCUUUUCUAUGGCCACCCUCCUGGUGUCAUGGCUCACACUGUCUACAGACCUGCUCCCCAUGGAGAGCAUUGAGCUGGGCCUCUGGGGAACUUGCGUGUUCCAGGAAGUGGGACCAGUGGAUUGCCGACCCUAUGACAGCAUGCUGGAACUGCCGUCAGAGAUUCAGCUGGCCCGGAUCCUCAUAAGCUUGGUGAUAGGGCUGUGGCUGCUGAGCCUGGCGCUGGCCAUCCCUGGCCUCAACGUGGUUAAUGGCUGCCGUGACCAGCUGGAGGAUUUAACCUGUAAGAGGGCCCUAAAGGCAAUAGCCGGGGUACUGUGCCUGGUGUCAGGGAUCUUGGUCCUCUUCCCAGCCUCUUACAUCGCACACCUGACGGUCGUGCGAUACUUCGAUGAGAUGGUACCUGAGGUCAUCCCUCGCUGGGAGUUUGGAUAUGGUCUCUUCUGCGGCUGGAUUGCAGGCAUCCUCCACCUGAUUGCAGGGAUACUGCUGCUGACUUCCUGUCUUCAUCUGCAUGAGCUGAACAGACCUGUCCACAUCCCUCUGGUCCUGGUGACGCCAGAACCCAGCACUGUAAGGUCCAGGUCUGAGUAUGUGUGA